CGUGGUGGACAUGCGCGGAGCUGCAGCGGAUAUGGCGGCUUGCAUCUGAUAGAAAGUGAGGAAUCUCCCAUCAAAAUCCAAAAAGGUAGCAGCCUGUCUGACUUCACUUACCCUGCACGUUUAACUGUGGUCAUCAUGGGCCGAACACCACACAGAGAUCAGAAAGAGGAGAAAGAGAGACGCAGCAGCAUCACAGCAGGAUCUCCCCUCGACAAAUCUAAUGAAUCAUUCAGAUGGGAAGACUAUCUGAGAGAAACGUCCUCGACUGCAGCGUCACCGACUUGCUUCAAACAGUCCAGAAUUCCCCCCUCUAAUGACUUUAAAGCGGGAAUGAAGCUUGAGGCACGGGACCCUCGCAACUCUAACUCUGUGUGCAUUGCAACGGUGAUGGGCAUGAUGGGCACUCGCCUACGCCUGCGUCUGGAUGGAAGUGACAACACCAACGACUUCUGGAGACUGGUUGAUUCGUUAGACAUCCAGCCAAUAGGAACCUGUGAGAGGACCGGAGACAUGCUGCAGCCACCGCUGGGUUUCAGGAUGAAUGCUUCCUCAUGGCCCAUGUUCCUCCUGCGGACGCUGAGUGGAGCAGAGAUGGCCCCUGCCUCUGCUUUUAAAAAGGAACCAGCCACAGCAGUUAAAAACUACUUCCAGCCUGGCAUGAAGCUGGAGGCGGUAGACAGGAAGAACCCCUACCUGAUUUGUCCCGCCACAGUUGGAGAGGUCAGAGGUCUGGAGAUUUUCGUCAUGUUCGACGGCUGGCGAGGCGCCUUUGAUUACUGGUGCCCCUUUGACUCCAGAGACGUGUUCCCUGUCGGCUGGUGUGCCCUGACGAAACACAGUUUACAGCCGCCCGGAAAUUUCUUUACGCUCCCUGGAGCACUGCUUGUUCCGGUUGCUUCCACCUCAUCCUCCCUCACUACACGUCGCUCCUCUUCCAACUGUUCCUCUUCCUACAUGCAGACCUCAUACCGACUUCCAAACCCCUUGCCCCCCCUCCCUGUGCGCAAGGGGGUCCGUGGUCGUCGUCCCAAAUCCCUGACCAUUGCUUUGUUGAAGGCAGCGGCUGAGGCUGCAGCGGCAGCAGCAGUAAAUGGAGCAUCAGCGAGUCCUGUCAGGACGAGCUCUGAGGGUCCUCUGGCCCCCAGACCACACAAGAAGCGAGGGCCCAAGCCUCGGAACAAGAGAAAGCCAGGGGUGUUGAAAUCUCUGGGGACACCGGCAGUUACAGCCCCCCCUCCAGAGACCAGACUAACCCCCGGACACGCCUCAGCAGACAACAACCAUAGCAACAGCUCAAAUGUAGUUUGCACAGUGUGUGUCUAUGUGAACAAGCACGGGAACUACGGCCCACAUCUUGACAGAAAGCUGGUGCAGCAGCUGCCCGACCACUUUGGGCCGGCUCCAGUCAACGCAGUGCUGCAGCAGGCUGUUCAGGCCUGUGUGGACUGCACGUACCAGCCCUCUGUGAUGCUGUCCUUCCUGCAGAGCCAGUCCCACACAGGAGGAGAGGUCAUCAGAGGAGGAAAAAGGCGCAAGAGAGCGCUUGGGCCAGUGGCGUUGCCAGGCUAG